AUAUAUAUAUAUGAAUGUAAAAUGAGGAUAUGGUAAAACCAAAUAUAUGUAUGUAUAUAUAUUGUGUGAGGUCUAACCCAUAAACAAAUGUGAAUAUCAACAUCAAGGAACAAGUUACAAGUCAUGCGAGUGGUUAAGGACAAGACAAAUGUUUGCCGUCGUCCUCAAAAAGUCAAACAAACAUGGUCGAAGAUAUAGUCUCUGUGUUUAUGUAUGGUGAACUCAAAAGUUGUCUUCUCAUGGAGGUCGACGACGAACGCAUUCGUUACCUUCAUCAAACCCAAGAAGAAGCAGCUACUGCAAAGAGGAAGAUAGGACCAUUGGUGAGCUUGGAAGACGAGCGAGAAGUGAAGAGAAAGGCCAUUUUCUCAGAAGAAGACUUCGAUAUGAUCGGAGAAGAUGCAGCCGAAGAGGAUGACAACGAUACCACUGAAGAAUCCAAAGAUGGAGAUGACCAAACGAUCAUGGAGGAUCAACUGGAAGUAGAAGAAGAAGUUUUGGCUGUUGAUUUUGAUGGAUACUUCUGAAAAAUCCUUUACAUAAAAA